UUAUCCCUUCUUCUCCAUCUGUUGGCUCCUCAGUGCGGGCCGGCGGCGUUGAGCAACAGGCGGGAAAGCGAAGACGAGGACAGAGGAAGGGGACUCGCGAUGAGAGAGGGAGGAGAAGGACAGACCCAUUCCAGCUGUGUUUCUGGAGCAAACAGAGCCGUGAGAACUUCUUCACAUUGAGGAAUUUUUCCACUGCACGGCAAGGGAACAAUCUUUUUUAUAUAUAUUUAUACUCAGAAUCAGCUGUAUAUUUUGUACCCAAACACUGCAGCUUGUAGCUCUCCAAACUCUGAGUGCGUAGGAAGUUAUUUCAGUCGCCGUUCCGUUAUUUGUUCUGAGCGUCCAACCAAACUGCAAACAUGAGCGCGGACAACUCGACCCUGUGGGACGGCUUGUUUUCUCUGCCGGUGUGCGACGGCUGGAGCAACAGCACAGAGGGGGCCUUCUACCACCUGGGCAACACCAUCCUGUUUCUAGGCUACAUGGGAGGCAGCGGGGCCUUCGGCGCCCUCUUCAUCUUCGGCUUCCUGUCGCUCGCCUUCCUGUGCCUCGCCGUGUGGGGCUGGCUGACCGUGUGCGGCCCGGACGUCGUCUCCUGGAACCUGCUGCUGCUGGCGGCCGCCCUGCUGCAGAUCUGCCACCUCCUCUACCGGCUUCACCAGGAGGGCCUCCGCGGUGAGGAGCUGACCUCCCUCUACCAGGCCGUCUACCUGCCGCUGGGCGUGCCAGUCCAGGCGUUCAAGAACAUCGCCAAGGCGUUCAAAAACAAGGCGGUGGAGCUGAAGGCCGGAGAGACGUACGCCCUGGAGGGCAAGACCUACAUCGACCAGCUCUCUUUUCUGCUGUCUGGGAGGAUCAAUGUAUCUUUGGAGGGUCAGUUCCUGCAUUACAUUCACCGGCACCAGUUCCUUGACUCCCCUGAGUGGGAGUCUCUCAGACCAAAUGAAGAAGGAAAGUUCCAGGUGACGCUGACAGCAGAAGAAGACUCCCGCUAUGUCUCGUGGAGUCGCCGCCGUCUCUACAUGCUGAUAUCCAAGGACCGCUACAUUGACAACCUCUUCUCCGUCAUGCUCGGCUACGACAUUUCCGAAAAGCUCUACAACCUCAACAACAAGCUCUACAUAAAGAGCGGCGUGCUACUGGACAUCCGCCUGCCGAGCCUCUACCACGUCCUGGCGCCCUCCUCGCAGGGCAGUGACGGCGGCAGCGGCAGCGACAGCAAAGAACAACACAGCCAAGACCUAGAACCAGCCUAUCAGUCGUCUCACCCCGGACCGUCUCGGGCCCUCAAACCUGACCAACAGGGACCAAGGACAAGCAAUGUGUCCACUGAGGAAGGUCCCCAUCAGCGCCCCUGGACCACAGACCCGGAGAUGCCAUCUGGAAGAGAGGGUGAUGGGAAUUUACCUCCUCGGUUCCAGAGACGCAGAGCUCCGCUGGCUCCCACCGACACGCCCAAGCUGUGAAGCCAGCUGCUUCUUCUUCUUCUUCUGUCUUCAGUGCAGCAGAACGAAGCAGACUCUUACCCGGACCUCCUUCAGCCCCAAACAUGUGGAACAUUUCAUCUUUGUUAUUUUUCCCUGCAUCAUUUUGCCGAGUGACGCUGAUAACACACACGUUCCCGUCACCCUAACCACGCCACAUUAGGUUCUCGUGUCACACUGAUGCACUAUUUAGAUUACUUUAUUUUCAAAUUAUGCUAGCGAACUAUUUCUUUAUUGGUGUACAAGCAUUUUUAAAUGGAUUUAGGUUCAGUGAAAAGCAUUGGGGGAAAAUUGUUUCCUCACUCUGAACGAGUUCAUCUUUUUCUGGCACACUUCUCUGUUAGAAACGCUGUAGAAACAUCCAUAUAUACGGUUUAUAAAAGAGACGGGUUUUCUGUGCCAGCCGAGGGUGGGUUUUGGUGUUAAAUGCGCAAAUGAAACCCAGAACAUGAACAAAAUACCUAGUAGAGACGAAAGGACAUUCAGAGUAAGAAGCCAUUACCUAUAUGGACGUAUAACAGUCUUUCAAUGCAGAUAAAAACCUUAAUUGAUGGAGGCAGGUUCUGUGGUUUGAUGAAACAGAAUCUUCAGGAUGCACCGAUCCACUAUUUUCACUUCCGAUACCGAUACCGAUAUUUGAGGUUUAGAAUCAGCUGAUACAGAAAAACAGUGCUGAAUUGACUUGAAAUGUUUCUUCUUCUUUUUUUUUUUUUUAAACAGACAUAGAAGUGCCAAAUUACAACUUUCUUUGAUAAUUCUGCUCACUAAAAUCCACCAGUAGCUUCACGGGCUAACAUGUAAAAACACCACAACUUUCAUUUUCCCACUAUAAGAGUCGAUGUGAAAUAAAUAAUAAACUGAAAAUGACCAAAACAACAGGCUAUCUACCUUGGUCAAACGUAAAUAAUAAAGAAGCUACAACAACAUGAUGUCACUCAGAGUACAAGGCAUAGAAUUAGAUUUAAUAGAUCUACCCUUACAGAUGGGGCACAAUGUCACUGAUACCUGAUCUACAUUUAAAAAAAAUAAAUAAAUAAAAAUCGGGAUUGAUACCGAUAUUAAUAUUUGAUCGGUGCAUCUCUACUAAUGUUAAGAGUUUUGGCUACAACAACUACAAUUAGGUUUAGUUAAAAAUAUAAAGAACACUGCUAGCAUGAGCGCAACACUCCAGCAAUAAAUUACAGUGUUGGCAGCAUCAUGUCGAGUAAAGCUUGGUCCCAAACGGCUCUUCUGAUUGGACGACCAGAAUAUCACCAAAUUUAAGUGGAGGAGGGGCUUGAGGAAAACAAAGUCGAUUUUUUUGAAGUGACCAUCACCAAACCAUAAAAAAUGAGAAAAAAAGAGGUAGAAUGUAAACGUAGCAAAACCCGUUUUGUCAAGAGGAAUGCUAAUGCUAAUUUCUAGCUAACUAUUUGGAGGAGCUUGUGGAAGGAAACCCAAAACCUCAAACACAAGCUAUACAGCUUAAAGGUCAUACGUUAAGCAGAUCUAUAUGAAUCUCAGAAAUUAAAGAAAAUAGAGAGGAAUUAGCUCAUUCUUGCAUUUAGCAAACAAAAAUACAUCGCAUGAUCUUCAACAGGAACCUUUUAGUCAGAUGUGCCAAAACAUUUAGGGGAAAACGUGAGAUUAUGUGUAAAAAUCUAGUAGAAAAUCACAGUUGGCCUCCUCAACGUUAUUUUGAAUCCAACUUUUUACACCGAUAGAUGUUUUUGCCAGAAGUUGUUCACCUUCAACAGAUUUUUUUGUUUUGUUUUUAAAAGGAAUGCGUGAAUCAAAAGAAAAGCAAAACAAAACAUCCAAAUUAUCGUCACAAGCUCUUCUACUGACGAUGAUACAUUUCUUUAUUUUGCAGAUGUUGCAUCCCUCUAAUGGUAAUAAACUCAAUUAGUUAAGACCUUCAUGGAGGGAUUUAUCAUACUUCCCAUUUUCAAAACAUACAUUUUUCACGUAUCGAUUUAAGAUUCACGUCUACUGACACCGUUUCGUCUCACAAAUGAAAGUGUUUACCCUAAUGAGUCUCGCACGGAUCCUCUGGAUCUGAUUCACUGGAACUAGACGGGAAAACAAUCCCAGCGUUAACUGGGUCCUGGAAGAACAUGUGAGGAAAACUUUUCAUGAGAGUUCCAUAUUUCUCCUCGUUUCUGUAAUGAGGAAAUGUGUUUCUUUCCAUUUCUUUGAAUCCUGAUCCUCCUGUUGGACGGAGUACGCCUUCGAUGAAUUCAUCCACUUGGGUUUUUUUUUGUUUUUUGUUCCCCUCGUAUUUUGUCGAAGUUAAUGGUUCAGUUUCUCUUCGAGCUGAACGCGCGAUGUCUUGCUCUAAUUUCAUAAACGUGUGAAAGCUUGUGGUUCUGAUGGUGAAUUUCCCCAGCAGAUGUCCUUUCUUCCUUUGUUCCCAGAUGACUCCAUACAUGCCUGUAGCUCACAUGUUGAGUUUUACAACCGGCGAUGAAGUAUGCAAAUUAAAGCGAUAAAUUGAGCCGUUUCUGUUAUUCAUAACGACAGAGAAUGAAACAAUCAAUGGGGCCAACGUUUCUCCAUAAGGCUGUUGUACGUGUGUGCAGUGAAUGUUUUCCAAAUGUCUUCUGUGCAUAUGUUUUCUUUUUUAACGGGAUUAUACAGACUGUGGCGAUUGUACAAUCCAGACUCACUGACUGUAAAUCACUACAAGGGCCUGAAGAUAUCUUCAAACAGCACGCUGUAACGUCGCCUGAAAAACUAUUUUCUGUUUUGUUUUGUUUUUUCUCCACAGCUAAAAAUGUUUCCAUAAUUAUUGACUGUAAGAAAAGAAAAACACUA